UUCGAAAGAGUCACGUCUCCAGCCUCUCGUGUGCGUCACUUCGCCUCUGAUAAAUUCGAGUUGCACUGGCCAUUCGUUAUAAACACAGGUUGGUUCAAUAACCACCGUCACAAAGGGAACCUUGAAGGAACACCGCGGUGGCCCAAACACUUAAUCUAUGUUUGGAAAGCAUAUACAAUAUAAAAAAUGGCUAACCGACCAACAGGAUAUGGUAUGACUGCUGAGCUUGCAGCAAAGAAAGACGCAAAAUGGGACUCUCAACUAGCUAAUGAUGCCAUCGAGUGGAUGAGGAUGAAACUUGGAGGUGGCGAGCUUCCUGAUAUAGAUACGAAGACAGACAAAGAGUUACACGAGGCAUUAAAGAGCGGCGUGGUUCUGUGCCACUUAAUCAAUGUCCUGUUACCCGGCGCAGUGAAGAAAAUUAACGAGAGUAAAAUGGCGUUUAAACAGAUGGAGAAUAUUGGUCACUUCUUAGAUGGGUGUGAGACACUAGGAUGUAAUAAGGUCGACCUUUUCCAGACUGUGGAUUUGUACGAGAGCCAGAAUAUGCCCCAGGUUUUGAAUGGUAUCUUGGCACUGGGAAGAAAGGAUGGAACUCUAGGACCAAAGGAAUCCGAGCAGAAUAAGAGAGAAUUUACAGAUGCGCAGAUGAGGGCAGGUGAUGGAGUGAUCGGUCUCCAGGCGGGGUCCAACAAGGGGGCAAACCAAUCCGGCCAGAAUUUUGGCAAAUCUCGAAUGAUUAUAGACUAAAUGAUCUGCUCGACAUUGAUCUUCUUUAUUACAAGGAUCAUGUAUAAUUUUGUAUCAAUUACUUUUUAUAGGGCCCCGGGGUAUCGCCUUGGACACAACGCAACGUAAUAUCUGAACACAGAAUUUGAUAAUUCGCAUUGCAUCUUGGCCCAACCCAAGCUUCAAACACUUUAAAUUCAGACUGUACGGCCAUGCACGGGUGGAAUUCGAACCAUCCUCCGGAGUAGCCCACCUCCAUUGCUGGAAUCAGUCCAUCAAUUUUGUCACGAAGUCAGUAGACCCUGUACAGUUUAGAUUGCCACACUUAUGCACUUUAGUCUUUAAGUUUAAUUCACUUACUUUUUCAAUUAAGGAUUUUUGCAAUGUGUUGAAACUCACGAACUUUAUGGUGCUUCCCCGUGGGUACCGUAUGAAUACCAUGCGUAAAUAAAACAAUUUUGGGCACUUUUAGGAUGGGGCAUAAUUGUUAUAUUUUGACUUAAUAGUAAAGAAUGCCGGGACAGUGCCGAGUACGCCUCCGGAGUACGUCUACCAAGUUAAUCGGUGUGGAGGUUCGGGUGAUAGUAAAUGAGCAUUGAAGUCGUCAUCUUGACCAACAAUGUAUUGACAUUGCUAAGCUUAAAGACAACGCGCGUAAAUAUGGGCGGAGGCUACGGCGGCAAUACCGCUGGAAGUCUUGGUUCUUCUUCAUUGGAGCACAGUGGAACUGGGCCGUGUUACGUGGCGACGACCGGAAGGCGCCGUUUCCAUUGUGCUCAACAAUCCAUAGUCUCGUGAACCGCCACAACACGGGCGAACAUUAAAGCCAAGGCGUUCAUUAAUAGUAGUUCAUUAAGGGGUUCAUUAAUAUGAGACUCUCAAUCUGGUGCCUUAGACCAGUGAAAAUAUUUGCCAAUUCAUCAAGAAAACUAUGAUUUAAAAAAUAAGCAUUCCAUUUUCAUUCACUGAAGAAUACAUGAACAUUUUAUCCUCGCUUCGCAAUAAAUACUUUAAAACAUUCA